AUGGCGGUACCCGAUCGUCUCGCCCGAAAGGCCAAACGAACCGACGUGGACUAUGCCGUUCUAUCUUCGGGCCAGCAAAUUCCAGAGUUUUCCUCGGACGACGACUCGGACGACGAAAGUUACGGCUCUCAGAAGAAAAAGCGGCGCAAACACUCGGCCCUGUGCUUUAUCUGCCACCGACCGUCCCGAACUUAUAAAAACACUAUGCUGAAGUGUGACAGCUGUUCAAGAUUGUACCAUGGAGCAUGUGGCCGACCAUAUCAGUCGGCGUCCAUUCUAGGCAACACGAGCUGCUACGAGUGUCUUCAGGAAGCAAAGGCGGACUCGCUCAGCUCUUUACCUCGCAAGACGCUGGACUCUAUCGCCGACUUUGUACAGGUGCUCAAGAAGGCCAAGAAAAUUGUCGUCAUAGCUGGUGCUGGAAUCAGUGUAUCGUGUGGCAUCCCGGACUUUCGGUCAAAAGACGGCAUCUAUGCUAUGGCACGAAAAAUGGACGUGGUGCUACCGGAACCGGAAUGUCUGUUCCAAAUCGACUACUUUCGGGACGACCCGGCACCAUUUUUUGAAGUGGUGCGCAACGCAUUCGCCAAUUCACCCAAGCCGUCGCCAACGCAUUGGUUCUUGAAGCUGCUGCAAGACAAGAAAAAGUUGUUGCGCGUGUACACGCAAAACAUUGAUGGGUUGGAACAAGCUGCCGGAGUGAAAAGGUGCAUUUCCUGCCAUGGGAGCUUUGCCUAUUCAGCGUGCAUGAGGUGCAAGAAGCGUGUACCAACGAGCACUUUGAUGCCAACGAUUCAGGCAGGGGUUAUUCCGUCGUGCCCAGAGCUGGACUGUCGCGGCGUAUUGAAGCCUGAGAUUACGUUCUUUGGUGAGAUGCUGGACGAUAAAGUCAGCACGACGAUAACGAAAGACCGCUUACAAGCAGACCUGCUUCUAGUCAUGGGAACGUCGCUCAAAGUUGCUCCGGUCAUGGAGAUCCCAGGGUACUUACCGUCACACAUACCUCAGGUGGUGAUCAACAAGACUAUACUGAAGAGAAAGAAGAUAAGGUCGAACAAGCUCCCGACGGAUGGAAAACGAGUGAGUCGAACAAGACACACUACGGACGCGACAGAUGACGAAGAGGAGUUUGACAUGUCGCUAUUGGGCGAUUGCGACGAUAUUACGCGUUAUAUUUGCAGCCAAGCUGGUUGGGACCUGGACUUUAGAGCGAUCAAAGCAACAAGGAAAAAACCUGUGAUGCACAGCAGCCAGAUCCUUUCACAUUUUGGGUCGACCGGCCACAGCAUCCAUUGUUUUGGGGAAUGCCAUUGCAAGAACAAACUCGCGGCAGGUAUGAACAAAGAAUACGAGGAGGAGGAGGACGAAGAGGAGGAAGAGGAAGAAGAGGAAGUUGAGGAGGAUAUUGUGUGUAAUCGGUGUGAAGAGCGCAUCGAAACCGAAUAUACGGGGCCUGGAUCGACGAGCAAGAUUGGUCACUACCGUUGCAAUAAUUGCUUCGAUUACGAUUUGUGUGGGGAUUGCUAUCCCAAGAGAAGGUACAAGCACAAGGGCGGUCGGCAUAGAUUUACGCAAUGCUUGUAG